AUGGCGGCCGAGAUGAAGUGGCAACCGGCGGUCCUUCUGCUGACGAUUGCAGCAUUGACAGCUGUCCCCAUUGUGGCGGGGCACGCGUGGGUGACCGUUCCCCAGGGUCGGCAGCACCUCAAUGCGGUGCUGUUUGGAAGCGACACCAACCCGCAAGCAGCCAACGGGGUUGGGAACCUGUGUGGCGACGGCGGACAGGACCAGAUCGCAACAUGGAAUGCAUACAACCAGCCGCACGAGGUGCCAGUCACGAACGCCUUUACGGCCGGCUCAACCGUGACGUUCCAGGUAGCCGCGACGGCCACCCAUUUAGGCCGUUUCGAGUUUCGCGUCUGCGCAUUCGACGGCCACGAGGCGACCUCGCUCACGCAGGAGUGCCUCGACGCCCACGUGCUGCAACCAGCGCCCGGUCAAGCCCAGGUUGCGCCCGGCCUGCCCUGGUACUACCUGCCCCACCCCUGGAGUGCCGACGCCAGCGACCCUGCGUGCAACACGUGUACGUCCGGCGGCGGCGGCCCCGACUGGCGCCACGCGUCGCUUUACAACAUGAGCUACGUCAUCCCUGACGACAUCCGCUGCAACGCCGUCGACUCCAAAUGCGUGCUCCAGUUCUCCUAUGUCACGGGCAACAGCUGCAACCCGCCCGGUACGCCUUGCCCGUCGACCUUCUGCAAGCAGUCCGUCUCCACCACGGAGUGCGUGCGGGACGUCAACGAGGUGUUCAGGAACUGCGCUGACAUCACCAUCUCGUGA